CUAAACUAUACGCUUCACUUGCUACUGCUCUCCUCGCGACAAUGGACGCAUCGGUGGUGAGAUUCUCCCAACCUCCGGCAAGAUUGCCGCCGGAAUUCGAACCGGAUAUGGAGAAGAUCAAACGGAGACUUCUCAAGUACGGCGUCGAUCCUACCCCUAAAAUUCUCAAAAAUCUUCGAAAGAAGGAAAUUCAAAAGCACAACCGGAGAACUAAGCGCCAAACCGAGUCGGAGGGGGAGACGGUAUACACGGAGGCGCAGAGACAGUCUAUGGAGGAAGAAGCUCGUUUCGAGACCUUAAAACGGGAAUACAAGCAGUUCACGAGGACGGUUUCGGGAGAUAGGAGCGGCGGCGAAAGGAGUUUGAUAGUUGGGAAUCCAUGGGAGGGAAUCGAGAGAGUGAGGUUGAAGGAGCUCGUCGGUGGUGUCCGGAGAGAAGAUUUGAGUGACGGGAAAACGAGGAGAGAGAAUCUGAAAGAGCUGAAGAAGAUACUGGAGCAGGAUCUCCGUUGGGUUCUCGAGGACGACGUUGAUGACGUGGAAGAAGAGUACAGUCUAGUGGCGGCUCGAAACGACGACGUAGGGUUUGAUCCUGCAAAACGGUGGCGUAACGAAGGAGAAGCAGUCCGUGUUCUCGUUGACAGGUUGAGUAGUAGAGAAAUUACUGAGAAGCAUUGGAAGUUUGUGAGGAUGAUGAAUCAAUCAGGGCUUCAAUUCAACGAAGAUCAAAUGCUUAAGAUUGUUGAUCGAUUAGGACGCAAACGGAGCUGGAAACAAGCUCUAGCUGUUGUUCAUUGGGUCUAUUCCGAUAAGAAGCGUAAACACCUUAGGAGCAGGUUUGUGUACACCAAGCUUUUGUCUGUUGUUGGGUUUGCAAGGAGGCCCCAGGAAGCUCUCCAGAUAUUCAAACAGAUGCUUGGUGAUCGGCAGUUGUAUCCUGAUAUGGCGGCGUACCACAGUAUUGCUGUGACGCUUGGGCAAGCAGGGUUGUUGAAAGAGUUGCUCAAGGUAAUCGAGCUAAUGAGGCAGAAACCAACUAAGCUUAUUAAGAAUUUGCGCCAGAAGAACUGGGAUCCUGUGCUUGAACCAGACGUGGUUGUGUACAAUUCUAUUUUGAACGCUUGUGUUCCAUCACGCCAAUGGAAAGCUGUUUCAUGGGUAUUUAUUGAGUUAAGAAAAAACGGUCUGAGACCUAAUGGAGCUACCUAUGGACUUGCGAUGGAGGUUAUGCUGGAGUCAGGGAAGUACGAUCGUGUUUACGAGUUCUUUAGGAAGAUGAAAAGCAGUGGCGAAGCUCCAAAAGCAAUUACAUACAAGGUUCUUGUACGAGCUCUCUGGAGAGAAAACAAAAUCGAGGAAGCUGUUGAAGCGGUAAGAGAUAUGGAACAAAAGGGAGUUAUAGGAACAGGUUCUGUUUACUAUGAACUGGCAUGCUGUCUCUGCAACAACGGGCGCUGGCGUGAAGCAAUGCUCGAGGCAAGGAGGAUAAAAAGGCUUGAAAACUGCAAACCCCUCGAGAUUACUUUCACAGGACUCAUAGCAGCUUCAUUGAACGGUGGUCAUGUUGAUGAUUGCAUGGCUAUAUUCCAGUAUAUGAAAGAUGUAUGCGAUCCGAACAUAGGAACCGUGAACACGAUGCUUAGAGUUUACGGAAGGAACGAUAUGUUUGUCGAAGCUAAAGAGCUGUUUGAAGAGAUUGUCAGAGAGAAAGAGACUCAUCUGGUCCCAGACGAGUAUACAUACAGCUUCAUGCUCGAAGCGUCAGCUAGAUCGCUCCAAUGGGAAUACUUUGAGCAUGUGUACAAGACGAUGAUUCUCUCCGGGUAUCAAAUUGAUCAAACGAAACACGUACCAAUGCUUAUAGAAGCAUCAAGAGCUGGGAAGUGGAGUCUUAUAGAGCAUGCCUUCGAUGCAAUUCUUGAAGAUGGAGAAAUCCCUCACCCAUUGUUCUUCACUGAAAUGUUGUGCCACGCGACAGCUAAAGGCGAUUACCAAAGAGCAAUUACACUGAUCAACACCGUGGCUCUGGCUUCUUUCCAGAUCAGUGAAGAAGAAUGGAGUGAUCUUUUCGAGGAGAAUCAAGACUGGGUUACUCGGGAGAAUCUACAGAAACUCUCUGAUUACAUCCUUGACUGUGAUUAUGCAAGUGAACCAACGGUCUCAAACCUCUCAAAGUCGUUGAAGUCUCUAUGUGGGUCUUCUUCAACACAACCAUUGUUAGCCAUUGAUGUAGCAACUCAAAGUCACAGCGAGAAACCGGAGGAAGAUUUGCUGCUUCAUGAUACAGCAGUGGAAGAGGAGAAUGGUGCGAAAGGGGAAGCUUGGGAAUUUACGGAGACUGAACUUGAGACGUUGGGUCUAGAAGAACUAGAGAUCGAUGAUGAUGAAGAAUCUAGUGAUUCUGAUACACUUUCAGUUUAUGACAUUCUGAAAGAAUGGGAAGAGAGUAGUGAAAAAAGAGAGUUAAAUUGCCUGUAAAUUUCUCAAAAAAUCUUAAUUUACUUGUUUAUUCAUCUC